AUGUCCGGAAGUAGAGGUAGUCCUCAGAAAGGUUUGGCCAGUGGGAUGACGGCUCUCGUUCGGACCGAGACGAGUCUUCGGUCCCUGUGGAUACUAUCUCUGGAAAGAGUAUAUAAAGAAUUACGGGAAAUUUACGGAACGAAAGCUCCAAAAUCUACCCCAAUAAAAUAUGAAGAUUUACAACGUAUGAAUUACUUGGAAAAUGUCAUUAAAGAAACUCUGAGAUUAUUUCCUAUUGCUCCAUUAAUUGCGCGAGAGCUAUCUGAGGAUAUAAACAUCAAAUAUCAAACAGGAGAGAUUAUCUUACCCAAAGGUGCUGAUGUUGUUAUACAAAUAAUGGCGGCACAUCGAAAUGAAAAGCACUGGCCCAAUCCGUUAGUAUUUGAUCCGGACAGAUUCCUGCCUGAAGAUAUAGGAAAGUCUGAUUCGUUUUACAUGCCGUUUAGUUUAGGACCUAGAAAUUGUAUAGGUGGGAAAUAUGCGAUGAUUUUAAUGAAAGUUUUUCUAUCAACUUUGGUACGUACAUUCGUAUUUAAAAUAGAUGAGAGCAUUCAGAUAGAUCAAAUUGAUUUAUAUUAUAACUUGUUGCUAAAUUUUGCUAAACCUAUAAAAAUCAGAAUUGAAAAACGACAUCUUCAUGAAGUAAGCAAAAUAUAAUGCGCGCAAUAUUCCAGUAGAUUGGCAACAGAUUCUCUCAGUUCUUGUUCGCAAUUAACCUUUGUUAUAUUCGCAUUAGACUUACAAUCUGCCAGCAGAACCUGUUCACAGAAUCUGACAAUAUAUUGGCGGCAGAAACCAAGCUGGAUCUGCGCGCAAUUUAACGGCAUAUUGAUAGCAGAUACUGAGCAGAAUCUACUUUUGGUUAUUCAUAUAAAAUGGUGCAUUUGAAAGAAUUUAAAGAGUCUCAAACUCAAAAUAACAAUAAAUUUUGAUUACAAAAUGAUCAAUUGGACGAUUGAAGUAAGGUUUUAUGAAACCGGAAAAUGACGUCAAUACUUGAUAUGUCACAUUCAUGGGACAUCAUAACUUAGAAAUAAAUGUUUUCUGGAAUAUUGUUUAUUAAGAUUUUUUGAUUUGUUUUCGCGAGCACUGUAUACUGUUAAAAUUUGAUACUACCUUUCUUGAAGAGGGUGCAGGGCCGUCGCGAGGACGGAGUGAGCGGGCCAGGUGUGCUCGAUAAAAUAUUGUUUAAUAAUUUACCGUUUAAUGUUGCGUAACACCUUUAAAUGUUUGCUAUUUUUCCUUUGUUAUAUUCUAUCAUAAACUUAAAACUUAGGAUGAUUUUUUCUAAGAGUUGGAGAGGAAAGAGGGGGAUGCUUUGUUUAAUCUUGCCGCGGCCGCCAACCACGGCGACAGUCUUCACAUCCUAUAUAUAAUGUUGUUAUUAUAUUAUAAUAUAAUAUACUAACGGAGAUGGGAAAAAGUACUUUAAAGAUAAACCACAUUUAUUCAUAAUUGAUAUUAAAUGUUAAAUCUAACAAUAAUGUCACAAAUAAUUGGAAAGGAAAGGUAUAUAUCUAUUAUAUCAUAUAAUAUUAUAUAGUAUUUUAAUAAUAUUUAAGAAAUGCUUGUUAGAACAAGCGAAUAAAGUGUUUAUAUUUCUAUUGUAUAACAAUAAUAUCCUUAAAAAAAUUACUUUUUUAAAAAAAAGUAAAGAAAAGGCGCCAAGUACACGCGCUAUGAGAAAAAGUAUUAUAUUUAAAUAAUAACAUUUUAAAUAAAUAUACUGUGCAAUAUAUAAAUAAAUAUAUUGUGCAUUUAGUUAUUUUCUAAGUAACUAAAUGCACAAUAUACACAUCUAAGGCUUUGGAGUAUAAUUAUUGAAAGAAAAUUUCUCAUAAAUUCUAAAUCGCAUAAGACACACUUACAUCAAAGCAAGGUAUAAAAACUUGGCGUGCCCGGGUCGCAUUAAAACGUGUACAUUUUAUAAAUUUGUACAUUAUUUUGAUUAUUUUAAUAUAAUAAAUGUGAAUGAUAAUAUAUAUAGAUAAUAUAGAAAUGCAUUUAUAAUAGUAAAUUUGUAUAUAUUUGUAUAAAACUUAAUAAAAUUUAAUAUAAUAUAUAAAUAUUCAAUAUAAUAAUAUUUUUAUUAUAUGGUUGAUGCAACUAAUUUUCACAUAAUAUGAAACAACACAAAUAAAUUUAAGACAAUAUGUUUUAAUGCGACCCGGCACGCCAAGUUUUUAUACCUUGCUUUGAUGUAAGUUUGUCUUAUGCGAUUUAGAAUUUGAGAAAAUUUCUUUCAAUAAUUAUAUCCCAAAGCCUUAGAUGCGUAUAUUGUGCAUUUAGUUAUUUAGAAAAUAACUUUUAUUUUAGCUAUAAUAUUAAUUUAAUUAUAAUGCGAUUUAUUAAAUAAUAAUUUUUCUUAAUAUUAAAAACAAUAAAAUAAAAAUAUUUUUAUAGCAUAAAUUUUUAGGCUUUUGGCGCAUUUUUUUUACCUUUUUUCAAAAAAGGUAAUUUUUUAGGCAUCAUAAUAACAUAAAGAAACAAACAAGCAAAUAAAUUACUAAACUCACCUUCUAUUUCGAACAAUAAGUUCACGUGUUUUAUUAGCCUUUAUUAUCUGUAAUAAUAAAUUGUGUAAAUAUAAAAAGUACUACGCAAGCUAGGUGAUUAAUAUUUGCAUAUAUAUUACAUACCUCAUCUAUAAAA